CAUCCCGUCCGCACUCGCCCGGAGCCCAGCCUCGGGCUGUGAGGAGGCGGGGCCCCCUCCGCACCGUCUGGCCCCUCCCAGCCGGUCCGGGCCCUGGCGCCACAGCGGGGCUGGCGGCCCGCGUCUGAACGGGAGCCGGUGCGGAGGGUGGACCCCGGCCCAGCCCGCACUGCGGGGGUGGAACCGCGGGUUUCCAUGGAGCCUCCUGAGCCGGCGGGGAGCGUCCUCGCCGGAGGAGGGGUGGAGCCUAACCCACCCACCACGCUGCCUCCUGGCAGCCUCCUGCCCGGGUGCCCCAGGCAGGGGAAGGGGGGCAGCUCACACGCCCCCAUGUGGCCCAGCCUGGUUUUCAGGUCGCGGUGCACACGCUGCAAAGCUGGGGUCACUCUCCCCGCCUUGUCCUGAAACCUGCGAUCUUGGGGGGUUCCGACCACCCUGAGACGGCUGCGUCAGCAGUGUCUGCAAAGGGGAGCGGGCUGGGGGCCCAGGUGUGCUCUUGGGGGGCAUUACUCAGGCCGGGGCCAUGCCAAGUGUCAAGGGCGGACAGGCCAGCGUUGCAGCCUAAGGACCAUGCCUGGACCUGGUGGGGCCACCCCGGGGCCCAGAGGGGCCUCAGGACUGGGGCCUGGAGCAUCCAGCUGUCCCCAGUGAGGCGGCCCUGGCUGCGCGGGGGAGGGGCUCCAUGCAGCCUCCUCGCAGGGGAGCAGGAGACGGACUGUGACUGGGCAGAGCUGGCUGGGCCAGGGGAGAGCACUGGUCACCAGGGGCUAUGGCGCCAGCAGCAAUAAGGUCGUACAUUAGGCCCCAGAUGAGCUCCGUCCUUCCAGCCAUGGGUACCAGGGAACACCCCUGCUCUUCCUGCCGGUCGGGGACCAGGAAGGGGUCUGACCAAGCCUGCAUCUAACCACAGCAAUGGCAUCGCCUUUUCAGCCGACCCACGCGUGUCAUCCACUAGAAAGUGGCCAGGAAGAUGGGUUAGAACCUGAGCGGCUGAACAGCUGGGCUCCUUCUGCGGGGGCUGCAGGCGGCGGCAUGGAGCGAGUGUCCGCGGCCUCAGCCAAGGCCCCACACCAGGGCUGCUCCGCCCCCCGCGCCCCAGGGCCAAAGCCCCACGAGGCCGAAUGAGCUGCAGCCGCCAGCCUGGGGACCUCGUUUAAGAUGACCCGCACGGACCCGCCGGAUCUGCUGGUGUCGACCGUGUACCAGGACAUCAAGGUGGCGGCCCCCGGGCCCUCGCCCAGGCGCCCGCCAUGUGAGCGCCCCACGGCCCGGCCCGCUGCGCCCGUGCCUUUCAACAAGCGCCACUGCCGCAGCUUCGACUUCCUGGAGGCGCUGGACGGGACGGCCAUGGAGGGCCGCCCCGAGCCGCCGCCCCCAGAGCUCCCUGCGCCUCGCUCCCGGCCCCGCGACAGCGAACCCCGGCGCCGCGCCCGCUCCAAGAGCGCGCCCCGCGAGCCUCCGGGCCUGGCGCCCGCGCCCGCCUCGCCGCCAGUGCUGCCGCGCCGAGGCCAAGAGGUCCAACGGGCAGCGCGGGCCGAGGGGUCGCCACGCCGGGAGCCCUCGUACCCCGCGCUGCGCGCGCUCGCCAAUGAGCUGCAUCCCAUCAAGCUGCAGCCGCAGCGGGGCGGCCCUGGCCGCAUCGCGCCCCUGUGCGCCGCCCCCGACCGCUAUGCGCCGCCGGAGCUUCCAGCCGGGCCUGCCCCCCACGUCCGCUGCCGCCUGGACAUCAAACCCGACGAGGCGGUGCUGCAGCACGCCGCCCGGGGGUCGCGGCCCUGCGGGCCCGCCCAGACCGCACCCUGGGCCCGCGCUGCGCCGCCUCUCCACGGCCUCACGGUGCCCGGGCCACACCACGUGGCGCUGUCGCGCACCCCCACGCCCAGCGACUCCUACUGCGUGGACCCCCGGGGGCCGUACUGCGACGGGCUCCUGCCCGGGCCGCGGGACUAUGCGGAGCGGCGCAGUCUGCCCUUCCCCGCCCCGCCCGGCCCCUCCCAAUUCUUCUACACCGAGGAGCCCGACGGCCACGCCGGCGGCUUUGCGGCCAGCCCGGGCCCCCCCUGUGACAGCUACUUCCCCAGACCCUUCCGGCCCGAGGAGCCCGCGAGGCCCAGCCCACGGCGUGGGGGCAGCUACCUGGCGUGGGAAGCGCGCACCUUCCCGUUCCACGAGCCGCCCUUAGGCUCCUGCUACGGAGAUGCCCCCCAAGCCCACAUCCCGCCCUGGGGUCCCUGCCAUCCGCCCACGGAGACCCAGGCCCAGCCCGCCGCCCGACCCUUUUACACAGAGGACUUGGGCCGGUACCGAGACCGCGACGCCCUGGCUCGGACGUACCCAUACCCACGCGGCAGCCCGGCCUGGGGCGACUGGGGCCCGCGGCCUUACCGAACCCUGCAGGUGGCGCCGCCCCCGGCCCCAGGCCCGCUGCUCGCCUCCUGGCACGGGGGCAUGGGCACCAGCCCGCCCCGCCUGGCCACCGACAGCCGCCACUACUCGCGCUCCUGGGACAACAUCCUGGCGCCCGGGCCGCGCCGCGAGGACCUCCUGGGCCGCGGGCGCAGCUACGAGAACCUGCUGGGAGGGGAGGCCCGGGAGCCACGGGGUACCUCCCCAGGAGGCCGGCGCCCGCCGGUCGUCGUCAACCUGUCCACCUCGCCUCGACGCUACGCUGCGCUGUCGCUGUCGGAGACGUCGCUGUCGGAGAGGGGCCGCGCGGGCGACGGCCCCGGCCGGAGCUGGUAUGUCACCCCGGAGAUCACCAUCACCGACAACGACCUCCGCGCCGCCGAGCGCCCGACCACCAGGGGCUGGGAGCUGCCCGGGGGCCGCCGGCGGCCGCCCCCGCCCGCCGCCCCCGACGGCCCCACCUCCGGUCGCCAGCGCAGCCUCGAACAGCUGGACGAGCUCAUCACGGACCUGGUGAUCGACUCCCGGCCCCUGGCCGGCCAGGCCUCCCACCCCACGGCCGACGGCCUGGGCCGCCAGCUCCGACGACUGCUGGACUUGCGGCCCGCGGGCUCGGGGGCCCCGGCGACGGCGCCGCGCUCGCCCCCCGCGUCUGCCGGCAGCGCCGAGGAGCCCUCGGGGGCGGGGCAGGCGGCAGACGAGUCCCCCGAGCCCAGCGCGGACGAGGACGACCUGAUGACCUGCUCCAACGCGCGCUGCGGGCGCACCGAGACCCUGUUCCACGCCUGCCUCUACUUCAAGUCCUGCCACAGCUGCUACACCUACUACUGCUCGCGCCUGUGCCGCCGCGAGGACUGGGACGCGCACAAGGCGCGCUGUGUGUACGGCCGCGUGGGCAGCGUGUGCCGCCACGUGCUGCAGUUCUGCCGCGACAGCGGCCCGGUGCACCGCGCCUUCUCGCGCAUCGCCCGCGUGGGCUUCUUGUCUCGCGGCCGCGGCGUGCUCUUCUUGGGCUUCCCGAGUCCCGGCUCCGCGGACAACUUCCUGCGCUUCGGCCUCGAGGGGCUGCUGCUGUCGCCCACCUACCUGUCCCUGCGCGAGCUGGCCACGCACGCGGCGCCACUGGGCAGCUACGCACGCGAGCUGGCGGCCGCCGGGCGCCUCUACGAGCCGGCCGAGUGCUUCCUGCUCAGCGUGUCGGUGGCCGUGGGCCCCGGCGCCACACCCCCCGGAGCCCCUGCCCGGCCUGCGCCACGGAGCCCGGGGCCCACGGUGCGCAAGUUCGCCAAGGUGGCGCUGGCGGCCGGCAGCCCUUCGCGGCCACCCCCGACGCGGGGGCUGGAGCCCGACAUGGAGACGCUGAUCCUGACGCCGCCGCCGGGCACGGCUGGCCUGGACCAGGAGGGCGAGGCGGGCCGGCGCGCGCGGGAGGUGGCCUUCAUCCACAUCCAGCGCGAGCUGCGCCUGCGCGGCGUCUUCCUGCGCCACGAGUUCCCGCGCGUCUACGAGCAGCUCUGCGAGUUCGUGGAGGACAACCGGCGCUUCACGCCCACCACCAUCUACCCCACGGACCGGCGGACCGGCCGCCCCUUCAUGUGCAUGAUCAUGGCCGCCUCGGAGCCUCGCGCUCUGGACUGGGUGGCCAGCGCCAACCUGCUGGACGACAUCAUGUGAGGCCGGGCGCCAGGGCCCCACGCAAUCCACAUAGGCCCCGCCCCGUCUGCCCUCUAGCCCCGCCCAGCCGCAGGCCCCGCCCCGCCCACCCAGGGAUGCCCCGAGCCCCGCCCAGCCCACUCAGGACCAGCCUGUCCAUUCAGACCCCGCUCCCGCUUCUAGGUCCCGCUGCAGAUUCGCCCGGUCCCCGCCUUACUCACCUUGAGCUCCGCCCAGGGCCUACCCCAUCGUGUCCUCUACGAGCCCCGCCUUUCCUCCUCCCGUCCAGCUCCCCCUGGUCCAGCUCCCCAGCGGGCCUCCCCAGAGGCCGGUCCUUGCCGCUCGGUGCUUCCCGCUGGGAGGCGGGGUGGACUCGAGGACCGCCCGGCCCUGCCUUCAAGCGGAGGGGUCACUACUGCAGACCCCACCACGCAGAUCCCGUCCGACCGUCCCUGUCAGCCGCAGGGCCUCCCUGGAACCUCCCCAAUCUCGUACGCCAGGGUCCUGGAGCCCGAGUAGACCAGAGCCUGGUCCCGCCCCAUUUAACACGCCCCCCACCCGCCUCCUGUGGUCUGCGGUGCGCGCCGCCCUAGUGGUGCGUUUCCACCGGCCGCAGUCCCGGUGCAGAGGGCGCAGCCAGCCGUCCCCCCCCACACACACACCCCAUCCCCCCCCCAGCACGCACGGUCUUUCAGCGCUACCCGCCUGCCUCCCUCGCCACAGUCUGCCCGGCCUGGGCCCCGCAGGAGUGGCCGGGGCAGGCGGCAGUGGAGGGUGCUGGAGGUCUCCCGUCCAGGUGCCAGGCAGCCGGCUAGAGGGGAGGAGGCCCGGCAGGGGAAGCAGGGUGGGGGUGCGGGGGGGGGCGCUGGCCCAGAGCUGAGACCUGGCUGGGCACAAGUCAGGCUGCCGGCCCACACCCACAGGAGGGCCCGGGGCGGGAGCCAGGGCAGAGCAGGCUCACUGCACAGGGAGGCCGGAGACAGGUGCGGGGACGCAUGAGCAGGAGGGACGCAGAAGGGCUCCUACCCGCGGGCGCAGGGAGCCUGGAGGACCGGCCUCCAGUUGGGAGCAGAGCGGGGAAAGCCUGGGUGGGAGCAGCUGAGGUCAGGGCAGGGGUCCGCGAGGGGUGCGGACGUCACUGUGCACACGCGCGCGCGCACACACACGUGCACACAUGCAUAUAUACACAUAUAUACACACAUACAUACACACACAUACGCGCACACACACACACACACACACACAUAUAUAUAUAUACACACACACACACACAUACACAUACACACACCCUUCCCGCGUGGCCGUGCCUGGCGUUGCAGCUGGAAACGCGAGGCUAGCGACCCGGGCUCCAUGGACCACAAGUGACCAGAAGAGGGGGAAGCCGGGCACCCGCAAGGGCCCUCCUGGAGCCCCCAGAGCCGCACCGGGGCUGCGGCUCAACUGAACUAAAUGUGAACGCCCCCUGCUCGCGCCCCUCCCGCCUCCUCCCUUCCUCCCCCCGUGCCGCCUCGCCCCGCGCCUUUGCACCGGCCACGCGCCCUACUGGUCCCACUCGCCUUCGCGCCCCCCCAAAUUGGGCCACCGUGCAACCCGCUCCCAGGCCUCCGCCUUCGGCCGGCGGGACAGGAAGAACCCUGGACCGGGAUUGUUUCCAGGGGGCGAGCGCUUUUCGAAGUAAAACCACUCGAAUGUCACC